AUGUUCUCCUACCCUCCACCAGGAACCUCUGCAUUCUCGGCAUGGACUCAAAAGUUUGGAAAAAUCUACACAAUCUGGAUGGGUACCACACCAGCGGUUGUUGUGACUGGAUACAAAGAGCUCAAAGAAACAUUUGUGAAUGAUGGGGACAGUUAUUCCGACAAAAUGAUUGUGAACAAAUUCAACACAUCGUUCCGUGGAGGUGACUUUGGAGUGAUUGAUACGAAUGGAAAUACUUGGAAGGAGCAUCGGAAGUUUGCGUUGCACACCCUGAAGGAUUUUGGGAUGGGUAAGGAGGCAAUGGAGGCGUCGAUUCAGUUGGAAGUGGAUAAUAUUGAGAAAGAGUUGAAGAGGAUGGAAGGGAAGGAUGUUAAUCUUCAGGAACUAUACGACAUGGCUAUUGCAAACGUUAUCAACCAAUUUCUCUUCGGAAUUCGUUUCAACAAUCCUGCCAAGUUCAACGAGAUCAAAAGUUAUCUAGAUGACUUUUUCGAUGUUCAAGGAUCCAUGAGAGUAUAUCUAUCCUACACUAUCAAUUGGCUGCCCCAGUGGAUGGUAGAGCUCUUGACACCAGAUGUCGCAAAAACUCGUGAAGGAAUAUUUGGUUUCCUUGAACAGCAAAUCAAGGAGCACCGUGAAGAAAUCGACUUUGAUUCUGAAGACAGUAAAGACUUUGUGGAGAUCUUCAUGAAAGAGCAGAAACGAAGAGAAUCUGAAAAGGACCACGAGACAUUUUCCAACGAUCAUUUGAGAAAUAUGUGCUUUGAUAUGUGGUCAGCCGGCAUGCAUACAACUUCCAACACUAUGGGUUGGCUUACGGCGUUCGCAAUGAAUAACCCAGAUGCUCAACGAAAAAUGCAAAAGGAACUGACAGAAGUUGUUGGGGAUCGGAUGGUGACUAUGAAGGAUAAGCUCAAAUUGCCGUAUACCAAUGCGUUUAUCAAUGAAACACAACGACUCGCUAACCUGGUCCCCAUCAACCUUCCACACGCCACUACUCGAGAUGUGGAGCUAGCGGGGUGUAUUGUACCUAAAGGCACCACAGUCAUCCAUCAAAUCAGCAGUGUCCUCUAUGACCCCGAAAUUUUCCCAGAGCCGAGAAAGUUUAAGCCGGAGAGGUUUUUAGAUGAUUCUGGAAAUCUCAAAAAGUCUGAAGAGCUCAUCCCAUUCUCGAUUGGCAAGCGUGUAUGUCUUGGAGAAGGAUUAGCAAGGAUGGAACUUUUUUUGUUCACUGCGAAUUUGUUCAAUCAAUUCGAGUUUUUGGAGAGUGCGAAUGGAGUGCCAUCUUUGGAAAGGACGUAUUCGGCGGUGGCUAAAGUUAUGGAUUUUAAAUGUAGAGUGCAAGCGAGAUACUCUAGUUGA